AUGCAUCAUAACUCGCAGUCUUUGAGCUCCAUGCAUGUUAGGAGCCCCGAGGAUGAAAACAUGGCGCCUAUAACUAGUAUGAAACAUAGGACAGGGUCUCUCAGUCACAUUUCAGCUACGCACCCGAGGGUCGCACUUAGCGACGUCACCAAUAUAGUUGCAACGAACUCUAGCAACAAUAGCAUAAGUAAGCCAAAGGCCGCACCAAUCAAAGAAAGAUCGGAUUCAGUCGUGAUACUUGAAGAAGAAGAAAGGGCUGCCACGGAUAGCGCUGCGCAAAGAAAAGAAGCUGAUCAUAACGAUUUAUUGACGGAGAGAGAACAAGAGGAACUCGUUCAUGAAGACGGGGAAGAAAGCGAAGAGGAUGAAGGAGAAGACCAGGAACCUCUGCUGCUGCAACAUUAUGCUAGCGAUAUACUGGUCUGGGAGCAUGCAUUUAGAACUUACUAUAGAACCACAUUAGAUCCUAAUGAUGAUGACGUGUACGAUGUGGUCAUGGUCGCUGAAUUAUCUGAUGGGAUAUUCGACUAUAUGAGGAAACUAGAAGAACUAUAUAAACCUGAUCCGUACUACAUGGAUAAACAACCAGAAUUAAGGUGGUCGUUCCGUGGCACACUGAUUGAUUGGAUCGUUCAAGUACAUGAAAAAUUUCAACUUUUACCUGAAACGCUGUAUCUCUGCAUCAAUAUAAUAGACAGAUAUCUCUGCAAAGAGGUUGUUCCUGUAAACAGGUUCCAGCUUGUGGGUGCAGCUUCCCUUUUCAUUGCUGCCAAAUAUGAGGAAAUCAACUGUCCCACAAUCAAGGAUUUUGUAUACAUGUCAGAAAACUGUUACUCAAGAAACGACUUACUGGAGGCAGAAAGAACUAUAUUGAACGGCUUAGAAUUCGAAUUGGGUUGGCCCGGUCCGAUGUCAUUUUUGCGAAGAAUCAGUAAAGCUGAUGAUUAUGAGCAUGAUACGAGAACACUGGCCAAGUAUCUGUUGGAAUCUACAGUAAUGGACCAUCGACUGGUUUCUGCUCAACCUAGUUGGUUAGCUGCUGCUGCAUACUUCCUAAGUAAGGUGGUACUGGGACAAAAUCAGUGGUCCUUGGCGCAUGUUUACUAUUCCCAUUAUACACAAGACCAGGUUCUUCCGUUGGCCACUAUAAUUCUAGAGAAUUGCAGAUAUGCCUCCAAACGUCAUAACGCCAUAUGGAGAAAAUAUUCUUCACGUCGUUAUUUGCAUUCUUCACAGAUUGUAGCGAAGUGGAUAGCAUUAGCUGAACACAGAGUAGAACGAUCUAACUAA